AAAUAAAGAAGCAUAUCAUAACAAUAACAAAUCUAAAAAAAAUUUUAUAAUGAGCUCAAUUGAAAUUCCAGAUUCUGAGGAAGAUGAGGAAAACGUCUCCGAAGAGAAAGUCCUGGAACUAGAAUACAAAUUCAACGUGGAGGAGCGACCUGCUACACCUGUUAAGCCUGAUGAUGCGGAAUCAAACUUUGAUGGCGCCAAUAGCACUGAGCACACACCAAAAAAGAGAACGGUUUUGGCUCAUUCAGCUACCGGUUCGUCACCAAGUUCUUCCGAUGCAACCACAACUUCGCCCACCACAGCAAAUGGGACAGAAUCCAAUGACAACACAAAAUCAGUUCGUCAUCGUGCCCGUAAAACCCAGCACCAGCCGCGUCCAACAGAUACCGACAUUCAAUUCGAGACCAUAGCAUCCGGCGUCGAUAGCCCUACUGAAGCACAUGUAGAAUCAACGUCCACACCCGCCAAGCAGUUAAAGAUGCUACAUGAGGAGGACUCGUCAGCGCAAGGAUACAACAACCAGAUACAAGUGGCAAUCACCGAGAUGUUAAAUAAAAACGAAAUGCAGGAUGAAAUUAAAAGAAUUGCUAGGGAAAGGGUUCGCUGCAACUUUCUGCUGGCCACUUAUCAGCUGCCAGAUAUGAACUUCACCCUUAACACUUCAAUAGACACGCUACGAAAUCAGUUCCUAGACCGUCUUAAGCAGCGGCGAGAAAAGGCCAGGUUGGCUGCAUUAGCCAAAGGAGCAUCAGUAAAAAAGACCAUUGUAAAGGCCAAACCGCACCACUCAUAGUGAAUCACUCGAAUAAAUGAAUACAUAUUAAUGUUAAAAUGUACAAAAAUUAAA